GUUCAUUAGGAACAACAUACAAGCAUUGGAGAUCGUAUUCUAUAGUGAGGGUAUUCUAUGAUGACAGCCCACGAAUGAUUACAAAUGUCAAACAAAACAAACGUGUAGUGUAAAUACAGUUAUAAAAUUAUAAUUUAUUUUGUUAAUAAUGGACGAUAAAAAGAGCAGCCGCCUCCAAUCACUAAAAUUGCCUCGAGAUUUGAGUCUCGGUUUGGGCAAAUCGAAAAGUAAAUACACACCUAACCUCAAUGUGGUCAGAAACAAAGAUAAACCGAAGGAAAUUCUCAAGAAAAACGAUCAAAAACGCCGAGAGAAGACGUUACAUAAGGGCAAAAAUGACAAACAAAAUCACGAACCGAAGUAUAUUCAAUCGACUAGUGUGUUUUCACAAGGUACGGGUGAAAUUAAGAGGCUCAAUUCUCACACGGAACACAGGGUUAGUUUGCGAGACAGCAGCAACAAUUCGGUUUCUAACAUGGUGUUACCUACGAUAAAUCGAAACGCGUGGAAUAUAAAUCAAAAAGCUGAAGAAGCUGUUUUGCAUGAGUUGGCGAAUUGUGAUAUGGAUAGUGAUGAUGAAAAAAUGUCUUUUGCACCACUUACACUGGGUACUGAUGUGAUUAAAAAAGUGAAGAAGGAAAUAAUUGUGAAGAAGGAGGAAGAUAAUAUUGGUCCAGUUCUACCAGAACCGUUUAAUAGUGAUAUGUAUAGUGAAGAAAAUCCUGCUUUAGCUUUAGUUAAAUUGCCUGAUUCUUUUGCUGGGAAAGGACUCAGUGAUGACCCUAAUGUUAAGAAACUCUUUGAUUAUCCAUUAAGUGGUAUGUUAGAGGGGCAAAUUGGAAAAUUAGUAAUCAGAAGAUCUGGAAAAAUGGAAGUUCAUAUAGGUCGGAUCAAAUAUGAGUUAAGUCCUGAGAAUACAUAUGAGUCAAAAGAAGAAUUAGCAACAAUUACUCAAGGCCAAAAUGGGGAGAAUUUUAUAGCUAUAUUAGGUCCAAUUUUAAAUAAUUUCAUUAUGUUUCCUGAUUAUGAGUCACUUUUGAAGAAAAAAUAAUUCUGUAUUAAAUUUGUUAAAUGAUAUAUACAACUGUUUUUGUUAAUA